AUGGCGACCAUGGAAAUCAAAGGCAUGGGGCAAAAUGACCCCAACAAAUUGAAAGUGGUCAUGGGUGGCAAAGGGCACAAUGUUGAGGUUUUUGAGAAGUAUGAGGGGCCGAAAGAGAUAGAAGGAGAUAGCAUCAGCAUUGGCUCCAACGGAGCUCGAGUGACUGCCAAAUGGGGUGAUGGUGCCUUCCACGAAUCGAUCCGCCCGUUGGAGUUUCAGACCAACAGAGCCAAGGUGUUUGAUUAUACCGGCUAUUGUUAUGGCACGUUCGAGCUCCACGGGUACAACGAGGGCCGUGGUUAUACUGUCAACCGUGGGGCAUUGGUAUCCGCCAUGCACCAGUACGCCCAGAGUCUUGGCAUUCCCAUCACUCUGGGCUCAGAAGUCACUAAGUACUGGGAGACGGAAGACGAGGCUGGGAUUGAAGUCAAUGGGAAAAAAAUCUCAGCCGACUGUGUCGUCUGCGCAGAAGGAAUCCAUAGCCAGGGUCGACUGAGCAUCACAGGCCAGCAGAUGAGCCUCCAGGAGACCGGCUACGCGGCUUCUCGAGGGUACCUGGAUGCUCGGGUAGCAGCUCGCAAUCCGAGUCUGAGUUGGAUUCUCAGUGAGGAGCAAUCGGGAUCCGAGGACUGCAUCUAUGGUUGGCUUGGACCCGGAGUUCACUUCGGAAUCACGACCAAGAAGAAAGACAAUGAACUCUUCUGGUACUGCUCGCAUAAGCGCCGGAUGAUCGUGGUCGGUGAUGCGGCGCAUGCAGCGCUCCCGUCCAGUGGACAGGGGGGUACCCAGGCUAUUGAAGACGCCGCCACGCUUGCGAUCGCCCUUGACUUGGCGGGAAAAAAGGAUGUGCCGUUGGCGUUGUCAGUGACGGAGAAGAUCCGGUACCAGCGUGCUCAGAUUGUGCAGCAGGGUGGCCUGGCGGUGUUACAGUUCGUGAUGAAUCAUGUCGAUUUCGACGCGUUGCGGCAAGACCCCACGAUGGUGAAGCCACCGCACCCGGCGUGGGUUCUGGACCACGACUGCCAGGAGUACGCUUUGAGGGAGUUCUCGAAAGUGGCAGAGGCGGUGCGAAGUGGCCAGGAGUAUGUACCUCACAACAUCCCUAGUGAUGGGCAAUAUCGGAUGGAGUACGAUAGUAAAUAG